AUGUCGCUCGCCAUCGACCGCGCCGAGCGCGACGCCGCCAGCGCCGCGCAGCUGAGCAAGCGCGCGAGAGCGCUCGCCGGCCGCAUCCGCACGUCUCAGACUCACGACCGGCUGCCGUCUGCGCCACCGCCGCAGCAGCAGGGCUUCACGAUCGGCGCUGCGCUCUCGCUCGACUCGUGGACCCUCGCCCAAUCCUCUGCGCCGGGGCUGCGGGUCGCCACCUCGCCAUCGUCGCUGCUGCUCGCCGAGUCGCGAGGAUUCCUCGUGCUCGAGCCGGCGGCAGAGGCGCGGGCGGCGGCGCUGGGCGACUACGUCGGCCCGGUGGUGGGGCUGGCCGGACUGGCGGUGGUCUGCUUCAUCACGCUCGUGCGCCUCAAGCGUCAGCUCAACGCGGCGGGCGCCGGCGUCAAGACGUUCGAGGACCUCGCCUUUCGCUCGUUUGGCCUCCUUGGCCGCCGUGUGCUCGAGUCGACCGUCGUGCUGCUGCAGCUCGGGGUGGUGACGGUGGCGCUCUUCCUCGGCUCCGUCUUUUACGCCUUCGAGGGCACCGCCGCUCGGAUCGCUUUGGUGUUGCCCAUCGAGAACGCGCUCUCCGCGUCGGCCGCGAGCGGCAGGCGCUGCUUCCGCUACGAGGAGCUCAUCGUCGUGGCAAUGCUCUUCGUCGUCUUCCUCUUUGCUUGCGCCCUCUGUGGCCUUGCCUUCCCAGACACCGGGGGCUCCAUCGUCGCCUACCUGGCGCUGCUGUACCCCUCCUCUUCCGCCAUGCAGCUGCUCAACGCCGCCGUCGCCGCCGCCGCGGCAUGCUGCGCCUCCUCCUCCUUCGCCGCCUCCGCCGCCGUCCGCUCCGCCAUCGUGCUCGGCGGCGCCCUCGUGACGGUCGUCCUCCCCGACGUCGGGCUGCUCGUCGCCCUGGUCGGCGCCUUCACCACCACCACGAUCGCCGCCUUCCCCUUCCUGAUGCAGCUGCGGCUCGCGGCGGCAGGCGCCGUGCCGCCGCUCGGUUUCGGCCGCACACUCAUGGCGGUGUGGAUGGUCGCCUUCAGCGGGAUGGUGAUGGUGCUGGGCACCUACACCGCCCUCGGCGCUGUCUUUGGCCGUGGCGAGCCCUUGGAGUGA